AUGGCAUACGUUAACACACUACCCAUACGAAUACAUAACUCUUCGAAAAUCCCCAUAGCGGUGGACAAUGAGGGAUUUUUCUAUCGUCACCAUCCGGUAACCUUUUCUCUGGUCAGCGUGACCAGAAACAAAGAAAAAUCGUAUUCCGCGACCGGACGUGUCUUUAUCACAGACAAACGAUUAAUCUUCGUUGCAGACAAACCGUCCGAGGAUGGUUUCGAAACCUUUUCAUUAAUUCUCAAAGAUGUCUCGACGUCAACACUCGCUUCUGUGAAUCCAAUCGCCUCAAGAUACACUUUUGCAGUCACGUUAAGCCUGAAUAGUAGUAGUAAUAACAACGCGAUUGACACACUAAAAGUCACAGUCACAUUUGAUCCAACCGAUGUGAAGGCAAAAAAAACGAUGGCGGAUUACUACUCAAUGAUUAUGCAGAGUUCCUUGGCUGCUAAUCAAAAGAAAUCUGAAGUGGCUACUUUGGAGAGCGUUACCGCGUUGAAUGCCGAUGGAAUCGGAGACCCGCCUAGUUAUAGACGUGAAACUCAUGCGAAUGAGAUUUCUUUUGGAUAUAAUCGCGACAAUAAUCAUCAUAGCAGCGUUGGUGCAGCUGUGAGUAGGGAUGAUGAUUCGUCGCGGCCACCGCCACCGCCUUAUUCUUCUCUUGUCUAA